CUUCCUCCAUCCCACGUCAGUCUGCAGCUGCGCUAGGGGUUCCCAAGCAGUCGUGCACGCGGCCCGCCAUCCCGCGCUCCCCGCUAUGCCCCACCGCCGACUCCUCCGCCUCCGCUCCCCGCAGUACCCCUAACCCUAACGCAUAACCUUCCCUCCCUCCGAUCUCUAUUUUUUCCUCCCGAUCGGUUAGUGUGGAUGAAUGGUAUCCUCUCCAUCUCUUUCAUCUUUUUCUGGCCCGCCUUGAGAGAGAGUGGGGGGAUUCGUCGUCGGGAUGGAGGCGCCUCCGCUGUGCGAGUUCUGCUGCGGGCAGCGGGCGCUGGUGUACUGCAAGGCGGACGGGGCGCCGCUCUGCCUGCCGUGCGACGGCAUCGUCCACUCCGCCAACGCGCUCUCCCGCCGCCACCCCCGCGCCCUCCUCUGCGACCGCUGCCUCUCCCUCCCCGCCGCCCUCCGCUCCCCCGACCUCCGCCUCUCCCUCUGCCACUCCUGCUCGAACAACCACCACCACCACCGCGCCGCCCGCCUCCUCCCCCUCGCCUGCUACUCCGGCCCCGCCGCCCCCGCCGACCUCUCCUGCCUCUGGUCCGAUGCCAAUUCCAAUUCCACCGUCCCCGCCUUCGACCUCCCCCCUCUCCCCGACGAGGGCCUUGCCACGAUCGUCGACCCCUGGAUCGCCGCCGCUUCCUCCUCCUUGCUCGUGCCUGAUGCCGAAGAACUGCAGGACUUCUUGCAGAACCGAUCUGAUCUGCCCAAGGUGAAUUGUCCUCGUUCUAUGGGAAUAUACAAUAAUGAUCACGAUGUGCUCUACGACUGUGUCAGCAGUGGUGACAUUGGCUUCACGAUUGACGACGAUGGCGAGAUGAUUGGCUACUUUCAUAGCGUUGCCGAGUACCCAUACCAAGGGGCGAGAUUGGAGGGCGUAUUGUCGGAGAAGAACAUUUCAGCUGCAGAUUCCUGUGGUCGUGUCGAAAAUGCUUUAGAGGCAUCUUCUUUAGUCCAAUAUGAUUGCAGGACGAUUCCUUCUUCCCAUAUUGUUGAGCCAGCUAAUGUUCUGCAGGCUUUGAGUGAUUCGGACCACUUCUUAUUAAGCAUGAGCAGCAACAGAAACAUAAACCUGAGUUUUCCUCACGGCAAUGUCUAUCCGAAUAUCUCACUUUCAAUCUCAAACCUCACUGGUGAAAGUAGCGUAGCUGACUACCAGGACUGCGAGGCAUCACCUAUAUUCCUUGCGGGCGAGUCACUUUGCGAUUCUAAUAUGGAAACUGGGCAACCGCAGGCAAGGAAUGAAGCGAAAAUGAGAUACAACGAGAAGAAAAAAAGCCGGCUCUUUGGGAAGCAGAUAAGAUACGCAUCACGGAAAGCAAGAGCGGAUACAAGAAAACGCGUCAAGGGCCGGUUUGUCAAGGCUGGUGAUGUUUACGACUACGACCCUGUCAAAAAGGCAAGCAACUAAAAGGCAAAUUCCUCGGGAUCUUCUUGCCUUCGUGAAGCAGCAGGUACUGACGACAGGUCUUACUGUUAUUUGAUUUGGAGAGAUUCUGAAGGCGAAAUGAGUUUUUUGGCGGCCGCUAAAUAUAACGUGUGAUUGAAGAUAAUCACACCUCAAUUUUGAGCCUCUGCGGAGGCUAUUCCUUCUCCUUUUUUCCCCCUUCUUUUUGCGUCCUUUUCAAUUCUUUGACCGUCAGAGUUGCAUAACUCUUGGCCUGCAAUAAUGUUAUUGUUGUUCUGCGUGUUAUCAUAAUUCGGAAUGUGAAGUGAUUUCUACAGUUUUGCUCGAGAAAAGACGUGUCUUUUAAAUUUUGCUGAUUCAUAGCACACGUUAAAUAUGAACAAUAUUCAUAUAAUACGUAUGAUUAAAGUCAAUGCAUCUAUUGUAUCUGUUGAGCUAAUUAUAUUGGGCCUAUUUCUUAUUUGGGCCUUGCUAUUUGGGCUAUAUAA